GCAGCCAUCUACAGCUACAACAUCAUGUCUGCUCCACAAACCGCUACCCAAUUUGCUCCCGUCGACAACGCCACUGGUGACAACCAGGUCGCCCCCGCCACCAACAAAGGGUUGGGCCGCGGUGGUGCUGGAAAGCAGAAGGAGGCUCUGAAGCUCCGCUUGGACCUCAACCUCGAGGUCGAGAUCGCUAUCCAAGCCAAGGUCAACGGCGACAUUACUCUUUCUCUCCUUGAGUGAAUGAUUUGAGUCUUCAG